AUGACAGAACCUUCCAAAGUCAUUCACGUUCGGAAUGUGGGGCAUGAAAUUUCUGAGAAUGAUUUGCUUCAGCUAUUUCAGCCCUUCGGAGUCAUAACUAAGCUUGUGAUGCUACGCGCAAAAAACCAGGCUCUUAUUCAAAUGCAAGACACUGCUGCUGCAGUAAGUGCAUUGCAAUUCUAUGCUAAUGUUCAACCUGCUGUAAGGGGAAGGAAUGUUUAUGUCCAGUUCUCAUCUCAUCAAGAACUAACAACAAUGUAUCAAAAUGCUCAAGGACGAGGAGAUGAGCCAAACCGAAUUCUCUUAGUUACGGUCCACCACAUGCUAUAUCCUAUAACAGUGGAAGUGCUGCAUCAAGUUUUUUUCCCUCAUGGAUUUGUAGAGAAGAUUGUCACUUUCCAGAAGUCAGCUGGUUUUCAGGCCCUCAUCCAGUAUCAGUCCCGCCAAAGUGCUGUUGCAGCUAGAACUGCACUACAGGGACGCAAUAUUUAUGAUGGUUGUUGUCAGCUGGACAUCCAGUUCUCAAACCUUGACGAGUUGCAAGUGAACUACAAUAAUGAGCGUUCAAGGGAUUUCACAAAUCCAAAUUUGCCUUCGGAACAGAAAGGAAGAUCCCCACAACCUGGAUAUGGUGAUGCGGGCGGCGGCAUGUAUGGCGUUCAAGCUACUGGAGCGAGGACAGUUGGAUUCCCACAGAUGGCUAACGCAGCUGCAAUUGCUGCCGCCUUUGGUGGAGGUCUGCCUCCUGGAAUAAGUGGGACAAAUGACAGGUGUACGGUCCUCGUGUCAAAUUUGAAUCCCGAUAGGAUAGAUGAAGAUAUGCUUUUUAACCUGUUCUCCAUCUAUGGAAACAUUGUGAGAAUUAAGCUUCUCCGGAACAAACCAGAUCAUGCACUUGUCCAGAUGGGUGAUGGCUUCCAGGCUGAACUGGCAGUACACUUUUUAAAGGGUGCAAUCCUUUUUGGGAAGCGAUUGGAGGUCAACUUCUCAAAGCAUCCGAACAUCACUCAGGGUGCCGACACUCAUGAAUACAUGAAUUCAAAUCUCAACCGCUUCAACCGUAAUGCUGCAAAGAACUACCGCUAUUGCUGCUCACCUACAAAGAUGAUUCACUUGUCAUCUCUUCCACAGGAAGUUGCUGAAGAUGAGAUUGUGACCCACCUAGAGGAAAUUGGUACCAUUGUCAACACAAAGCUCUUUGAGAUGAAUGGGAAGAAGCAGGCCUUGGUUCUGUUUGAAACUGAGGAGCAGGCCACCGAAGCCCUGGUGUGCAAGCAUGCUACCUCGCUUGGUGGGUCAAUAAUCAGGAUCUCCUUUUCACAGUUACAAGCAAUAUAAUAAUGUUAUAGUUGCAGUAAUAACAAGGAGGAGGUUUCUGCAAUAUCAGGGGUAAGGCCUCGUAAUUGGAAAAAAAAUAUUUGUGGAGCUGACGGUCUUCUGUUGCUUUCUCUUUUCUUUGUAUGGUUUCGGAUUGCAAAUGAAUUGGUGGAUCUGCAUUUUGAUCAUUUAUGGUCUUAUUUAUCUUUAGUGCUUGUAUCAGAUC